ACUAAAAAUCGCUAAACUAUGAGUUUGUUGAAGUAGCGAACUUUUUCUGUGCUUUUUCUUUAGUAAUUUCUUUUAGUACCUUGGUAUUUGUUGGCGUGCGUCUGUGUUUGUGUCGUACUGUGUACCUUUUUUUCUUCCCAGAUUAAAAAUUCUAUAUAAAAAGAGGUGUCUUCACUGUAAAAGGGGAAUGGGAAACACAACAAGUAGCAAGGUAGACAACAAUAAACGAUCGUCCAUUCUAAAGCUUCGAACACAAAGUAAUCGUUCUAUAGCUGGUUUAAGCCAACUUGCCUUGCCAGCUACCUCAUCGACCACAGAAAUAACUUCAGAGUCUUCACCUAAUAUUUCUUCUCCUCUUGAUGCUCAUCGCCAUCAGCAUGAUACUCACAAAAAUAGUCAAAGUCUUCUGAAACGGCUCAAACAUUAUAAGCCUCUUCAGCAUUCAGAAAAUGUUCAACGAUCUACUACUCAUCGUCGCGAUCUGUCAAGUUCAACAUCGUCAACUUUGCCAGUACCUCAAUUUUCUAGAAGUUACUCUUCUUUACAUCUAUAUAGAUCACCUAGUACAGCUUCAGCGACUUUACAUCCUAGUACAGCCACAACGUCGAUAACGACCACGACUAAUAUCAGCAGUAACUCUUCGCCGUUAACCAUAAAUACUGAAUAUCCGUACAAUCAAAAUUACAUUGAUUAUGAUCAAUCAAAACGUAAUAAAUCGCUGGCCGGUCCUUAUUACGACAACCAACCUAUAUCCUCAACAUCCACACUUGAUUCCAAUACAACUACAGUCGCUACUUCUACUACUACCUAUAAUACUUACACAAAUGAGAAGAACCGUAAUCUUAAUACUACAAUUGUAGCUUUCGAUAAAGAUGCAAAAGAAAUUAUUAAUGCCACAAUAGACGACUACUCCAGUGAACUCAUGUUGAAAGAAUUAUAUAUGCUCUAUGAAACAAGUCCUGAACGAAGAAGAGACCGUGACAGGAGGCACAGACAGCACUAUUUAAUGAAACGCACUUGGGGCAAAAACUACAAGAUUCCUUUGAAUAACCCUUCCCUUAUAAUUGAUUGGUGCUGCGCUACAGCUGUCUGGGAUUUAGAAUUGGCUUUCGAGUUUCCUAAAGCUUGCAUAGUUGGUAUUGAUCACGAAUCUGUUACCGUAUCCAGUUUAACUAAUACUGUCAAGAACUUCAGCUUCCAAAAUGCCAUGAUUCAUCAAGGUGAAACUGGUCUGGAACGUUUUGAGGAUAAUCAAGUGGACUAUCUAAUGAUGAGAGAUGUUUGGCUUGUUAAUACGCCAGCACUCAAAUGGAAAAGCUUGUUUAGGGAAAUAUACCGCAUUCUGAAACCAGGAGGGUAUAUUGAAAUCUAUGAGCAAGAUGUCAAUUUUAGAUCGAUUGGGCCUCACUUCACGUUGUUAGAAACAUGGUCUGACCGUUUCUAUGAAGCCAUUCAAUUUGAUCGUGAUACAAACAAUAAAUUGGGUGGGUAUCUGCAAGAUGCUGGCUUCGUUAAUGUUGUGGAAGAAUCUAUCGAAUUGCCUGUUGGUGAAUGGCCUGAAUCCAAAGAAAUGAAAGAAACCGGAUUUCUUAUAAAAGACAUAAUUGAACGUCGUUAUAGGGAGAUAAAACGAUGGUAUUGUAGGUUCAACAAUCUCACCGAGAAAGAAUACGCAACCACUUUACUCAACGCUAUUGAUGAAUGUGAUCAUUACAAUACGACUGUUCGUAGCUUAUAUUACAGUGCACAAAAAUCACCAUAGUAUUUUCAAUACAUUCUACCUAUAGACUUACCAAUACCUUUUUAGACUAUACAACAUCCCCUUCUCUAGAACAUACAUUACUCAGUACAUAUUACUAUAUCUCAAUUAAUUUUUGUAUCUAUCGUUAUUAUUCCAUCUAUGUGUGUAGAUUUCAUAUGUAAAAUAGAUGCCAGUGAACAACAACAAAUUACAAGUAUUCAACCCGUCCCUCUACCUUUCAUAUAUUGUAAAUCAGUAAAAAACCUGCUGCUUCUGCUUUACUGCCGUAUUAUUCCAUCACACGGAUUUGACACAAUUGAUCUUCAAUUUUCAUGUUAAUAAUGUUUUGACCAUAAAGUGCCUUCUAAAAAUUUGCUAAUUUGAG